AUGAAAGCCUAUACAAAUUUUCCUCCACCAACUUACACUCGUCAGGAGUUGCUUAUGAUUGAGCCAGUAGGAAGCAGAGUUGAGGAGAAAAGCUUCGUCGACCUCUUCGAAAACUACAUUCUGACAUACGUCGUCCUCAGGAAACAGGCUCAUCCUGUCUUCGGCAUAGUCAACUUUCUUGGCAUUGCACCUAUAAAUGAUGAGUUUCGUGAGUCUCGACGAUACAAAAUGGGGACUGUAUCUGAUGAUGGACGAAUUCAGCGUGAAUUCGAUGCGAACGGAGGGUAUGCAUUGCCAAAAGAUGUGGACCGCCUUGUCCGUGAAAUGGAUGAAAAAGUCAAACGGGACCUGAUCAAGAUGCAAAACAGAAUCAAAGAGGAGAUGUUUGAGGAACUCUUCGAAGAACCAACGGUGGUCAAGGGAUCUGCAAAGCCGAAGAAGCCCUUAACAGACGAAGAGCUAGUCACCCUCUUCGGUGAAGAUGAAAAGCUACCAACGAAGAAGGCCGACAGGAAGAAGAAGAACUCGAAGAAAAGCAACAAGAAGAAACCGAACGCCGGUAAAACUCCAAACGCAAUCAGAAAAACCAAGAAGCCCACCAAGCUCUAA